GUUAUUUCUUUCACUUCUUUGUUUCUCCUGCUUUUAUUGUUGGGUUUCUGCUUAUCUUGCAUUUCCAUCUCUGGAUUUCUUGUAACUCUUUCUCUCUCUGUUCCGUGCAAGAAAACCCCAUGGAAUCUGGCUGAUUAUUUGGUGUUUGAUCCAUUAUAUAGACCUUUGAACCAAAGAAACCAGACACAUUCUACUUGUAAAGUGAGAACAUUGCGUGCAAAUCUCAACUGGGAAAUUUGUGGGUAUUUGAGAUUUGAGAUGGGUGUGACUGGGGAUGGAAAUGUCUUUUCACUUCACUUGCUUUUCCUUGAUUCAUGAUUCUUGAGUUGAAUUUCAUCAAAUAAGGAGGGUUGUUAGCAUCAAAACUCACUUUUUGUGCUUGAUUUGGUAAAAAGGGGAAGUAAGAAAUGGAAGCAGGGGUGAAUUAUAGGAACUGGGCAGAUCUGUUGCCCGAUGCACUUGGUUUGAUCUUCAGCAACCUUUCUCUUCAAGAAACUCUCACAAUCGUCCCAAGAGUCUGCAAAUCAUGGAAUCAAGCAGUGUUGGGUCCUUACUGUUGGCAAAACAUCAACAUUCUUGACUGGAGCUACCGGUCAAACCCUGAUCACAUUGACCAUAUGCUCCGACUCCUUGUUACCAGAAGUGGUGGCGCCCUCCGGGAGAUCACUGUCUCCGGCAUCCUCAAUGAUCUCACUUUCUCAUUUCUCGCAGAUCAUUGUCGAUCACUACAAACACUCCAAAUCCCAAGAUGUAACAUAAGUGAUACGAUUGUGGAACAAAUAUCUACAAAGCUAUUGGCUGUAACCUUCAUGGACUUAAGCUACUGUCGCAAGAUAAGUGCACGUGCACUAUCUGCUAUCGGAAAAUCCUGCAAGUCUCUGGUGGGAUUCCGGCGAAACAUGCAUCCGAUUGACAUCCAAGAGCGGCGGCCGCAGGCGGAGGAGGCGGUGGCAAUUGCCGCCACCAUGUCCAAACUGAAGCACCUUGAAAUUGCGUAUAACUGUGUUGACACCAAGAACAUUGUGGAGAUCAUUGAGAAGUGUAAGGAGCUUGAGUUCUUGGAUGUUAGAGGGUGUUGGGAUGUGAAACUUGAUCAAGAUUGGCUGGAUAAGAGGGCUGUAAUGGUUAAGGUGUUGGGCCCACAUGUUGUGGAUCAGUUUGAAGGUCAUAGUUGCUCGGAUUAUUCGGAUACGGAUUCGUUUUAUGAUUAUGCGAGUUUGGAUGAUGGGCUAUGGGAUGAUGAUGAUAUUGAUGAUGAUGAUAUUGAUGAUGAUGAUGAUGAUGAAGACAGGGUUGGAGGGAGGUUAGAACUUAGGUUUUAUGAAGGGUUUAAUGAGAACUAUAGUAAUGGUUGGGUUUGAGGGGUUCUGGAAAUAGUAAUGUUAUAUUCGUCUCAACUUAUUUAUAAAAAAAUAGUAAUGGUUGGGUUUGAGGGGUUCUGUUAAAAAAUAUUUUUAAGAGACACUUGACGCAAUACUGAUAAAAGUCUAAAUGUGUAUUUAGACUUUUAUCUGUCAAGUGUCUGCUAAAAAAAAUAAGUUUAGAAAGAUAUAACAUUACAUUACUUGCUAGAAACCGCAUGUUUCUAAGUACUUAAAAAACUUUUCUUGUAUGUCGAUUAUUAUGAAUGAUGUUUGAAGUUUUGUUUAUCUUUGUAAGUGGGAAUUACUUUUCCUAGGGCAAAAAUGAUUGAAUCUUGAACAUUAUGUAUUGACUUGUAUCUUAUGCAGUAAAAGUUAUAUAUUGUUAUGG